AUGAAGCUGACGUAUUCCUGGAUUAUAUAUUCAUGUUUAGUUUUCGGAUCUGGAAUUGUGUGUGACAGAAAACUCGAAAGACGACAAGCUGUAUCAUUUUGCUCAGUAAACACUGAAGAUAUGUUUUAUUGUUCAAAUGGACUGUGUAUCGAACGGUCGUGGGUUUGUGAUGGUCGUAAAGAUUGUUCAGAUGGUUCAGACGAGACCAAAGAGCUGUGUGCUAUAAACGAAUAUAUAACAAAUAUUAUCACUGAUUGCGGUGGAGUUUAUUUCUAUAAAAAUUCAUUGUUCGACAAUGGUGAAAAAGAAAUUGUUGGGAAGGGCCGUUGGAAUGUUGGAAUAUAUCGAUUACAAGAUUUAGAUUAUCAAUUUUUAAGUCACGGAUCAAUUAUUGCUCCAAAUGUAAUCAUUGCUGGGGCUGUUAGUUUUUGGCAUCCAAAUAUGUUAUCUACGAAAAUAUCAGUAACAUAUGGUACACUCAAAGUUGCUGUUGGAAAAUAUGAUAAAUAUUUUGAAAAAAUUGACAACGAAUUUACUCAAAUAUUGAAUGUGGACACAAUUUACGUGAAGGAAAGUUAUAAUGGACUAAAAGAGUUUAAUGCUGAGAAUAUAGCUGUUAUUGUAUUAGCAAACAAAGUUUCGUUUAGCAAUGAUGUUGUACCUGUUUGCAUCGAUUGGAAUAGUAAAUAUGACGUACACAAUGGAGAUCGAGGAAAGAUUUUCAUUUUUGAAGAAGAGAUAAAUGGGACACAGAAUUCCGUUUUAUUAGAAAAAUUUCCUCCAUUCGUCAAUCAUAGUACUUGUCGAAAAAUGAUUUCAACCAUUAUUCAAAAAUAUGUGACUUUUGAUCAGUUUUGUACAAUUUAUAAAUCGGGAGAAGGAGUCGGUUACAAUGAUGUUGGAACAGGCAUAAGCUUUUUACAUUCCAAUUCUUAUUUUUUAACCGGAAUACCUGUUGUAAUGAUUCCAUUAAAAAACAGUACAAUGAUCGCAGGUUAUACAGACAUUAGAUUCUAUGUUCAAUGGAUUCGUGGAAUUUUAAACAAACACUUCACAGAGAAUUCAUGCGUUUUACCAACUGUCGAAGGAGUUCUAUAUUCGUAUGAAGGUUCUAAUGAAAUUUUAUCUCACGGGUCAUUAAUUAAUCAUAAUCUUACUGUUAUUGAGAAUUGUGAAGUUGGAUAUCAUAAGGCCUAUCCCAAUGGUUUUAGAUUUUGUCAGGGAAAAGGAAAAUGGUUAUCGAGUAUUAAGAAAUUGUGUUUCAAAAUGUGUCCACCUCUAAUAUCAGAUAGUUUAGAUAUUAAAUGUAGUCAUAAUGGCAAGUAUACUAAUUGUUCAAAUUUAUCGAUACCUGAUACAAUAGCAACAACAUCAUGUAAGUCAUUCUAUACUGCACCAAUUACACAAGAAGAUACUCAGCUUGAAUUAAAUUGUCUGGCUAAUGGGAUGUGGAAUAAACAACUAUAUAGGUGCAUUCCAAAUUGCGGUAGAGUAUAUAUCAAAAACCAAGUGUUGAUCAACAAUGGUGAAAAAGCACUUGUUGGAACCGCACCUUGGAAUGUUGGAAUAUAUAAAUUAAAUAAUAAAAAAUCCAAUUACAACAUGAUAUGCGGAGGAUCAAUUAUUGCUCCAAAUUUAGUAAUUUCUGCGGCUCAUUGUUUUUGGCAAAAAGGUAUGUUAUCUAAGAUAAUAUCAAUAACGGAUGGUCUAUACAAAAUUGCUAUUGGAAAAUAUGAUAGAAAUUUUACUGUUAUUGACAAUGAAUUUACUGAAAUCAUAAAUGUGGAAAUGAUUCACCUGAAAGAAGAUUAUUAUGGACCUUCUGGGUUUCAUGCUGAAGAUAUAGCUAUUAUUGUGUUACAAGACAGAGUUUCUUUUAGUAAUGGUGUUUCACCUGUUUGUAUCGAUUGGAAUGGUAACUACAAUGUAGUCAAUGGAGAUCAAGGAAAGAUUGUUGGUUGGGGAAAAACUGAAAAAGGCGUUCCAAGUCCUAUUUUGUUAGAAGCAUAUUUACCAUACAUCAACCAUAGUUCUUGCCGGAACAUGUACACUAACGGAUUUGAACCAUUUGUGACUGUUGAUAAGUUUUGUGCCGGUUAUGCAUUGGCUUCAAAACAAGGAGUGAGUAAAGGAGAUAGCGGUGCUGGCUUAUGCUUUUUCCACUCUGAUUCUUAUUAUUUAACUGGAGUAGUAAGUAUCAAGGAUCCAAAUACAAAUAAUUCGAUCGCAAUUUUUACAGAAGUUAAGUACCACAUUCAAUGGAUUCGUGGACUGUUUAACAAACAUAAUCAAGUCUAA